CCCAUCAUUUUCUCCACGCUCGUUAAAAAACUGCGAAAUGUUCAAUAACUUCGCUUCUAUUUCGCUAUUGUGACGCUGUGUUUGGUAUAUUUGUCAAGAUAUGUCGUCCGGUUUACUUUAAAAAUUAGUGAAGAUCCAGUAAUCGACUGCAAAUUAAUGUGGCGUCUAAAUCUAGAAGUCAAGUCGAUAUUCGAUCUGUAGGUAUAAUUCAGAGCAUUGAAUAACAAUAUGAUAUCUCAGCUGCCUCUAAGAUGCUUUGUUACUUUUGGAAUAUUAAAUUCUGUCGUCUUAGGCAGCCACGCUCUCGUCCCCAAACCAAGGAACCCGGAUUCGCACAACAAAACGAAAAACAUUAUCCCUGAGCAUUAUAUAAAGGAGAUAAGACCACCAACAAUGAGGGGCAAGCCUAUAGAGGUAGAUUUCAGUAUGAGGGUGAUGGACAUAAAUUCUAUUAAUGUCGAAGAUAUGGACUUCAGGAUGGAUAUGUUUAUUAGGCAGGAAUGGCAAGAUGCAAGAAUAAAAAUACCAGAGGAAAUGUUUGAAUAUGGAGACGAAUCCAUAACUCUACCAACUAAUUUUUUCGAAAAUCUCUGGCAACCUGAUUUAUAUUUUCUAAAUUCCAAAGUAAUAGAGAUUGCAACUCUGACCCACAAGUUUUCUUCUGUAACUCUAUUUAGGAAUAAAACAAUUCGUUAUGUAGCUAGAAUGCAUGCUAUAGUUGCUUGUCAGAUGGAGUUCCAGCACUAUCCGAUGGACACGCAAGUCUGCCCCAUUACUGUCGAAAGCUUUUCGUACAACAACAACAAAAUGUUAUUAAAUUGGGCUGGAUCCGGGGUAACAUUAAGUCCCGAAUUAAAAUUGCUGCAGUAUAACAUUUUACCGCUUCAACUAAUGAAAACUCAUGCCUACACAGGCGAAAAGAACGGAAACUUCUCCAGAUUGAUGGUUUAUUUUCGGUUCGAGAGACAAAUUGGUCACCACUUAAUCCAAACCUUUGCACCAUCGACCUUAGUUGUCAUGCUAUCGUGGUUCAGUUUUUGGUUGGACCUGGACUCGAUACCCGCUAGAACCACACUUCUAGUGACUUGCCUACUUACAUUGGUUACCAUGUUUACAGGUUUAAGAUCUGACAUUCCCGCAGUGGCAUACAUCAAAGCACUAGAUCUGUGGAUGGCGGGUUGUAUGGUUUCUGUGUUCGCAUCUCUAGGGGAAUUUGUCAUAGUUAAAGUGCUUCAAGGAAAAUACGAUGUCUUGAAGCUUCGGGAAAAGGAGGAAGCAAAAUUGUACCAGGAAUCUGCGAUCGCCCAGUGGACAAAUCCUCCACCUUCACCGAAAUACUUGCAUCAUUUCCGAUAUAAAAAUUUGGCAAACGAUAGAUGUAUUAAACUAUACUGGAAAACGUUUCAGGAUAAAGGGAAGGAGAAAAUUAUGUGGAAGGAAGUCGAUCGGUUAUCGAGGAUAAUAUUCCCUUCUUUAUUUUUCAUAUUCUGCCUGAUGUACUGGUCAAUACUAUCAUUUGCUCGUUAUCCCAAUCUCGUGUCGUGAUGUAGCUUAUAAUUUGUUAACUAUCAGAAAAUGUAUUAAAUACACAGGUUUAA